AUGGCCCGCACUAACACGUCGACGCCGGUGCCGCACGCCGCCGAGGCCUUGCAGACCAAGCCUCCUCCUGCUGCAAUCCCCCAGCCCACCAAACCUGCGGCGGCUGGAGUUGCGGAGAGCGCUAUUAGUAGUAGAGGGGCGUUAGAGGAGAAGGUGCCUGCCGGGGCUGCUGGUCACGGCGAAGGCGUGUGGGGCGCAGCGGUCGGGGAGUCGGCCGACGAAUCUUCGCUUCUGGGCGCGAGCGUCUUGCGCAUGCUCGAACAAGCGCGGAAGGCGCUGGGUGGCGGCGGGCAGGGGGGUCGGCGGCUUCCCGUCGAGCACGUGCGGGAAGUGGUGGCCAUGUGGGAGGAGGAGGAGGAGGAGGAGGAGAAGGGGGGGGGUCUUGCCCGGGGGCGACGCUCGACGCUGAGGGGUGUGACGAGCGUGGAGACGGUUAGGGCACUUUUCUAUGGAUGGGUAGAGUCAGACGUGGUGGAUUUGUACCACGGCGGCUCGGAAGACGUGCGGCAAACCCUGAAGCAGUGCCGGGAGGCGAUGGAACAGGUGGUCGCGAACGAGCACGCCGCGUCCGCUGCCGGGGCGUGGACGAUGUACACCUCGCCUGACCACGACAACCGUCCGUACUGGCACAACGCUCAGAACAACGAGACGACAUGGGAAAACCCUUUCGAGCAACAGCAAAGGAGGCUGCGAGAGGUCCAGCAGGCGCAGGCGCAGCCUAGAGGAGCCCCGGCCGCGGCGGGUGGUGGAGCGGAAGGAGGAGCUGAAUCAUCGUCGAGCGCCAGCACGACCGUUUCACAGCUUGCGAAGGACAUAGACUCGAUGGCGGCGAGCUGGAAAGCCGGCGGGUUCAACCACGAUCGGUUCACUUCUUGGAUGGGCCGCGCCCUGAGAACGCGGUCGGAGAUUCGAACGCGUCGCGAGGAGGGCAAGAGCGGUGGCGGCCUGCCGAAGUUCAGCGCGCCCGUGCAAGACAGCCCCCGGGGUGCGACAAACGACGUCCGCGGGCCCCUCGCGGCGUGGCCUGGGUCUUCGGUGGCAACGCGUGAGGCCGUGCAGGUCCCACAGGCAGGGGCGGCAGCGGCGGCAGCGGCGGCGGCGGCGGUAGGCGAGGAUCGACGCGAAAUGGCCGGCGCGGCUGCUGCCAGUGGCGGUGCCGCCGCUCGUGGUGCUGAUGGUGGUGGUGCUGCUGCUGGUGGUGCUGUUAGUGUUGCCAGAGCAGCCGUGCGGUCAUCGGACAUCCCUCGGGCAGCAACGGGCCGGGAACAACAGGUACCCUGGCCGGCGGCGGUAGAGACGAAGAAGGUCCCCGCGGUCGAGGCCGCCGGUCUCAAGACGGUGGGUCAGGAGACAGCGGCGGCGGCGGCGGUGGCAAAGAAGCCCACUGCCGCCAAGGCGACGGAACAACCGCCGCAGCAGCAGCAGCUCCUCAAGACGGGGGCUAGCGCGGGGAAGAAGGAAGUCGGCGCUGCCGCCGCCGGAGCUGUCGGCGUGGCGACCCUGGAGGCUCAGAUGGCUGACCUGCAGGCGGCCGAGGAGCGCCAGCAGGCGGCCAAGGCUAAGAAAGCGGCGAGGCGAGCGGAGGAGGCGGCUGAGAGGGAGGACAGGGAGACGCAGGAGGCCGUCGCCAGGAAAGAGGCCGCCGCACGCAGGAGGGAGGCCACCGCCGCCGGCGCCGCUCGGAGCAAGGCAGAGGCCGCCGCCAGAGAGACUGCUCGGAUCGCGGAGGCUAAGGCCGCCACAGAAGCCAGAGUCAUGGCGGCGGUGGCUGCACAGGCUAAGGCGGAGAAGGAUGCCAAAGAGGCCGCCAAGAAGACCGCCAAGGAAAGCGCCGACUUACAACAGGCAAACCGGGCGAAGAGGCAGGAGCGGGCCAAGGCCGUCGCAGACGCGAAGGCGGCGAACGAAGCAAGGGCCGCGGAGAAGGCGCAGCGGGAGGAGAAGGAGGCGGCGGCGGCAGCGGCGGCGACGGCAGCGGCGGCGGCGGCGACGGGUCCGGCGAUGAGGGGCGGCGGGGUGGGGGGAGGAGGAGCGCUCUUGGCGGACAUGUCGCUGGAGGUCCGGCUCAAGAAGGCUAUCGACAGCGGAAACACGCUGGCGGUCCAGUCGAUCUACGACGAGGCGGACCAAACGCCCGGGGCCAGCAUGAAGAAGAUCAAGAAGAAGUGCCAACGAUAUCUGAACAAGAAGGCGGGGGAGGACCAGAAGCUCCAGCAAGCUAGCCAGCCCGCACCGGUAAGGGGUGCGGGGGCGGGGGCCGCGGCGGCGCAGGCAGCAGCGGCUCAGAGGCCUACUCAGCACGACAUGUUCUGUCCAAACAACAUCGCGCCGCAACUCAUCGGAAAGCAGGGCCAGACGGUCAACAAGCUCAUGAAGGAUAGCAGGGCGAAGAUCGUAGUGAAACCAUAUCCUGACAGGAGCGGAAACGACGUGAUCAUCACGGGGACUCCAAACGCGGUCAAGACUGCCAAGAGGUUAGUAGAGGAGUUUUACCGCUCCAAGGGCUGCCAGCCCAGUGCUCUCCCGCCACCUUCUUCCGCCGUCGCCGCCCGCAAGGCCGAGGGUGCCCGAGCCCGCCCCGCGCAACCGGUUACUGGGGGUCCUGGCGGGGGCGGGGGCGGGGGCGCCGCACCCGUGGUUGUGGAGGAUGGCGCGUGGGGGGGAGAGCUGCGGCAGCUGUUGAGGGUGGCCGGGUGUGAGCACCACCUCGAGAGGUUCCGGGAAGACCAGCUGGAUGGGGAGGUGCUGCUGAUGAUGGACAGGAGGGACUUUGAGAGGAUGGGGGUCACCGAGGGCGAGCAGAUUCGCAUCUUGAAUGCCCUGAAGGGUAGUGGUGGCGGCGGCAUGGAUGACGAUGACGAAGACUCGGACGGCUUGGACCCGGACCACCCGGACACGUGCAAGAUCUGCUUGGACGCGCUCGUGGACAUCCUGUUCCUGCCGUGCGCCCACCAGUGCACGUGCUCGCGGUGCGGUUCCGCCUACGAGGGGAAGCCGUGCAUCCUAUGCAGGAGGGUGGUCGACAAGGUGCAGAGAGUCAUCAAGCUACGCGGGUAAAUGGCUGAGUCUGUUCGGUUUCGGAGCGACUACAGGCCUGAACGGGGGCGCCGCCACUAAAUGUUGCUCCUCCGUAGUCCGGUUCGGAGUGACCCCUCGAACUGCGUACGACGAGCGACAGCUACGUUUUUUUUCGGGCAGAACGGACUCUGACCUGAGAACGGCCACAACGCGCAAAACCCGCGUAAAGAAUGUCAGUCUUAUUUGUUCCCUGUGUGUCACGGUGCUUGUUCCCCGUGAAGGGGCAGCCCGCUUUGUUGGAUCGGGUGUACGUUGGGGUUUCGAGUUCUUGGAUUAUUACUUUAACCAGGGCCCGUUUCUGUUGUGAGUGUGGGUAGAACCAGGGUCACGAUUUUCCUCGCGACUGUUUUUCUGUGCUGUGGACGGCUGUAGACUCGUCAGUCCCGAACCAUUUGCCAUCGAAGAAGCACCUUCUUCUGCGGCACUCUUUGGACAUACGGAGUGGGCUCCGAUGCAAGGUGGGAAGCGUUGGUUCUGGGUGAGCUGCGUUCUGUAGACGCCGGCGGCAUCAGCGGUGUGACUCCAGAAGAGCACGCGUCCACCAAACCGUUCAUGUACUGCCUGCAUCUUGCGUUCCUGUCGGUGCGUUUCCUAGCAUGAAGCGUUACAGACAGGCGUUUCUCUUCAUGCACAAAACGCGUGUGUGCGUGCGUCUUUAACGUUAGAGUCGAAAGUGCUAACCGGCUGACCGAUGAAAACAAGCCAGUCUCAUUGCGGUUAUGAUGCUUGUAGGCCAUGGUCUGGUCUGUGUGUGUUUGUAUGUUCGUCCCAUCUGGUCGAUUUGUGUUUGCAUGAGCCGGCGGGGACACAG